GAUGGUUAAAGGAUAUUCGCCAUUUUGAUUUGUUUCAACGCCCGGGCAUUCUCUCGAUUCUCCACAUCUUCGCCGGUUAGUCGUGUUUCUGUUGAUCAAUCGCGGCACUUAAUUUCUUAAAAUGGCGCAGAACAAAUUCAACGAUCUCGCAUCGCGUUUUGGCAAGGGCACGAAUGGCGUGCCUUUGAGCGUGAAGGUCCUCGCUGCUGCUGGCGUAGCGGUCUACGGCGUUUCCAAGGCCAUGUAUACAGUGGAAGCUGGACACAGAGCAAUCAUAUUCUCCAGAUUGGGAGGCAUUCAGAAGGAUAUUAUGACUGAAGGCUUACACUUUCGUGUACCAUGGUUUCAUUAUCCAAUAAUUUAUGAUAUUAGAAGUAGACCCAGGAAGAUUUCUUCACCUACAGGGUCUAAGGAUUUACAGAUGGUCAAUAUUUCAUUACGUGUACUCUCACGUCCUGAAGCUUCUACAUUGCCAGUCAUGUAUAGACAGCUUGGUCUUGAUUAUGAUGAAAAGGUAUUGCCAAGCAUCUGCAAUGAGGUGCUGAAAUCUGUAGUUGCAAAAUUUAAUGCUUCGCAAUUAAUCACACAAAGACAGCAAGUAUCCAAUAUGGUGCGCAAAGAGUUGACAGAGCGUGCCCGAGACUUCAAUAUUGUUCUGGAUGAUGUUUCGAUAACAGAGCUUAGUUUUGGCAAAGAAUAUACUGCUGCGGUCGAAUCUAAACAGGUGGCGCAGCAAGAAGCCCAACGAGCGGCUUUUGUAGUAGAAAGAGCCAAGCAAGAGCGACAGCAAAAGAUUGUACAGGCCGAAGGAGAAGCAGAAGCAGCCAAGAUGCUUGGUGUAGCUGUUGGUCAGAAUCCUGGAUAUCUGAAACUACGCAAGUUACGAGCUGCGCAGAGUAUCUCUCGGACGAUUGCCAACUCCCAGAAUAGAGUGUAUCUCAGUGGCAACAGUUUGAUGUUGAACAUCCAAGAUCCCGCCUUUGACGAGGGUUCGGACAAGUUGAAAAGUCACGAAGGCGUGAGCUGGAAGAGUUGGGACGAGGCGGCCGAGCAUGUCGUACGAAGCCUAAAUACUGGUUCUCAUCGAGCACUGCCCUCGAGUAGUAGCGCUCAAAGGCGCGACGAUUUCGAAGUUCGAGAACGUAUGCCGCAAACCCUCGUGGCCCCCUUCUUACUGGAGUCAGCCGACGAUAGUGCUAAGCGGAUAGUACCGUGACAAUAAAAGAGAAUCUGCGACGCGAGCAUAUCCUUUAUCCGACAUAAUUCCACACCUUAACCACCAUCAUCCUCUCGAAGAAUGUUGCUCUAUUUUUUUUUAUAUUUCGCUAAUUAAAAGUAGAAUAAAUAGUAUGACGGAUCGUGA